AACUCCCUGACAGGCAAAACUGAGGGCUCAUGUCGCGUCUAUUACACCCGGAAGCAUUUGUGUGAGACUCACAAGCAAGACUAUCACCGAGGUCGUGUUGUGGCGAUUAAGACGCAGCAUUUAGGGGUAUAAACCCCCGUAAAGAACCCUCUAGGAAUUUCUGAAAGAUUUUGAUGCCAUGGCCCCUCUCCUUCUUAAACACCUGGCCACCUCCCUGAGUCUGCAAGUGGCCCGGAUGAGCCGCUUAAAUCUGACCUUCUCCUCAUCGGCAGCCAGUGCUUACAGAUGUCUCUGCACGCUUACCGCUGCACCUCACACACUACUGCUCUCAUCAGCCAGAGUCAGCUCCAUCCAGCUUCCCUCGUCUGGCUCCUCUGCUCACUGUGGCCCAUCUCUUUUGGGCCAGUGCCAGCAUCUCCCGUGCACCCAGCCAUCUGCAGGGAUGAAAACCAAGACUGCUCUAAAGAGGCGCUGCAAAGACUGUUUCUUUGUACGACGGAGGGGACAUUUAUUUGUGUUUUGCAAGACAAAUCCAAGACACAAGCAGAGGCAGGGCUAAAAUGUUGAAGCAGUACUGAGAAAAUUGCUUUGAGGUUGUGGGAAUUUUCAAAAACUGUUCUGCAGUAAUAAAUUUGCUUAAAAAUGUUUA